CCCAUUCAACUUGGAUCAGUCAACAAUCCCAGAUCCUGGCUGAAUCGGACCACCUCCGGACCCCCACACAUCCCACUCGGACUUCCCUGCGAACCACUCCCUCCAUAAAUUGCGUCACAUCACUCAACAAAACAACAAAACACAAACUCAUUGGAACCAUAACGCCAGAAAUGUCUAAAUCGGCCAUUGGUUUUGUUGGUCUGGGAGCCAUGGGCUUCGGCAUGGCCACCCACCUUGUCAGCGAAGGAUACCCCGUCCACGGCUACGACGUCUUCCCGGCCUCGGUGCAGCGCUUCCAAGCAGCGGGGGGCAUCCCCGCCUCGUCACUGCGCGAAUCCGCAGAGGGCAAGCAUUUCUACGUGUGCAUGGUUGCUUCCGCGCCCCAAGCACAGACCGUGUUGUUUGGAGAUGAGGGCAUUGUUCAAUGUACAUCGAUCGAUCCGAUCACUACCAAUGGCUCUGCGGUUCUUAGCUAACCGGUUCGUUCGUUCCAUAGAUCUCCCCCAAAACGCGACCCUCCUCCUCUGCUCCACUGUCUCGGCCUCCUACGCCCAGUCUGUUGCCGAAGAACUCGUCGCCCGCGGCCGACCGGAUAUCCACUUCGUCGAUGCUCCUGUCUCGGGUGGUGCGAAACGCGCUGCCGAUGGUACCCUCUCCAUCAUGGCGGGUGGAGCCGACGCCUCGCUUCAGAUCGCCCGCGAUCUGUUGCAGGCGAUGUCUGCGCCCAGCAAGCUGUACCUUGUGCCUGGGGGAGUCGGGGCCGGGAGUAAUAUGAAGAUGGUGCAUCAGGUGCUGGCGGCUAUUCACAUCCUGGGGGCUAGUGAGGCGAUGGGGCUCGCAGCGCAGCUGGGACUCGAUGCGCGGAUUACAGCAGACCGCAUCAAGGACUCUGAGGCGUGGACGUGGAUGCAUGAGAAUCGCUUUCCCCGGAUGUUGGAGGAGGAAUGGAAUCCCGGGGCGAGUGCGUUGACGAUUAUCUUGAAGGAUGCGGGGAUCAUCACAACUUCCGCCCGUCAAAGUCACUUCCCGACUCCGCUCUGCGCUACAGCAGAACAGAUCUACCUCUCCGCUCUCCUGCAGGGCUACGGCCCCAAGGACGACUCCGCCAUGGUCCGCCAGUACUACCCCACCCCGAUCAAGGAUGUAACCCCUGCUUCUUUGGCAAACGAAGACCCUGAGGCGGCCACACAGCUCGUGCUCGAUCUCAUGCAGGGCGUGAACCUGGUCGCGGCCGCAGAGGCCAUCGCGUUUGCGCGGUCUCUGGGCGUCGACAUGGCGCAGUUCUUCGAAUUGGUCAGCGAUGCUGCGGGCGGUAGCAAGAUCUUUGUAACGCGCGGGUUGGAGAUGAUUGAGGGUAGGAUUGGGGCGGAGACACUGUCGGGGACACAGACUGUAGAUGAGGUGGUGAGUCGGUUAGAGAGGGUCGUGCAGAAGGCCCGGGAUUUGCAUUGCCCCGUACAUCUCGGAAAUGCGGCACUGGGCGUAUUGUUGAUGGCUAAGGGGAAAGGGCAUGGAGGAGAGGGAAGUGCCAGUGUGAUUCAGGUUUAUCCGUAGUUAUCUAUUGUUUUUGCCGUGUGUAUCCGAGUCGACAAGGCUGCCUGCCGAUGAUCUCAUAUCGGAGCAAGUCCGGCCUCGGAUCUAUACGCGAUUAUAAAAUAGACCAC